CUGGCAUCGUUGUGACGGGCAGGGGAGAAAGUCGUUGGUAACCUGGAAAGUACAGUGACACAACAGGAGAUAAACAAAUAUAUUGACAAGAUAAGUUAAAACAACAAUGCAUAAACAUGGCUUUGUUGGAACUGUACACCGGGUACAACAGAGUGUGGAUACCAGAUGCAGAACAUGUGUGGAAAUCAGCCGAGAUUAUGAGAGACUUUCAUUUUGGGGAUAAUGUUCUUGAGUUGCUUCUUGAAGAUGGCACUGAGCACUGCUACCCUGUUGACCCGUCAAAACCACAACUCCCUCCUCUUCGCAACCCUGACAUCUUGGUGGGGGAGAACGACCUCACCGCUCUCAGCUACCUGCACGAACCUGCAGUCCUGCAUAACCUUAAAGUGCGAUUCGUGGAGUCCAGAAUCAUCUAUACCUACUGUGGUAUUAUACUGGUGGCUGUAAAUCCAUACAAACAACUUUCUAUCUAUGGAGAUGCAAUCAUUCAUGCCUACUCAGGCCAGAACAUGGGAGACAUGGACCCUCAUAUAUUUGCAGUGGCAGAGGAGGCUUACAAACAGAUGGCCAGAAACCACAAGAACCAGUCUAUCAUCAUCAGUGGUGAGUCUGGAGCCGGUAAAACUGUGUCUGCUCGAUUCGCUAUGAGGUACUUUGCUGUUGUAAGCAAAUCUGGAAGUAAGACUCGAGUUGAAGACAAAGUCCUGGCAUCCAAUCCAAUAACAGAGGCAAUAGGAAAUGCAAAGACCACCAGGAAUGACAACAGCAGCCGUUUUGGGAAAUACACCGAGAUCAGCUUUGACCGGAGGUACCGGAUCAUCGGAGCAAACAUGAGGACCUAUCUCUUAGAGAAAUCCAGAGUCGUUUUUCAGGCAGACAACGAGCGAAACUAUCACAUAUUCUACCAGAUGUGUUCGUGUGCUCACCUGCCAGAGUUCAAGAAUCUAAGACUGUUGAGUGCAGAUAAGUUCCGGUACACCUGCAUGAGCGGUGAGAUCACUAUUGACGGUGUAGAUGACAAGAAAGCCAUGGAAGAGACUCGACAGACCUUCUCAGUGCUGGGAUUGAAGGAGGACUUUCAGUCAGAUGUGUUCAAAGUUUUGGCAGCCAUUCUGCAUUUGGGAAAUGUGGAAAUCAGAAACUCUGGAGGGGACAAAUCAUCAGUUCCUCCCAGUGAUCCACACCUGGUAGUCUUAUGUGAGUUGCUGGGUCUGAGCGCAGAGGGGUUGGUGCGUUGGUUGUGCCAUCGGAGGAUCGUUUUGGCGGCUGAGACGUUGGUGAAGCCGAUGCCCAAGGAGCGGGCAGUAAAUGCCAGAGAUGCACUUGCCAAGCAGAUGUAUGCCCAUCUGUUUGACUGUAUUAUUAACAGGAUAAACACAGCACUGCAGGUUCCAGGAAAGCAACACGCUUUCAUAGGUGUUCUGGACAUUUAUGGCUUUGAAACAUUUGACAUCAACAGCUUUGAACAGUUUUGUAUCAACUAUGCAAAUGAAAAGCUUCAACAGCAGUUUAACUUGCAUGUGUUCAAGCUGGAGCAAGAGGAGUACAUGAAAGAGGACAUCCCAUGGACGUUGAUAGAUUUCUAUGACAAUCAGCCGGUCAUUGACCUGAUUGAAGCAAAGAUGGGGAUCCUUGACUUGCUUGAUGAAGAAUGUUUGUUUCCUCAGGGCACUGAUCAAAGCUGGCUGCAAAAGCUGUUCAACUACCUAGAUGCCAAUCCUCUGUUUGAGAAGCCCAGGUUAUCAAAUGAGGCAUUUGUGAUUCAACACUUUGCAGACAAGGUGGAAUAUCAAUGCAGAGGUUUUCUUGAAAAGAACAGAGACGCUCUCUAUGAAGAACUGGUUGACAUUAUGAGAGUCAGUAAGUUUCCUUUUCUGGCCAACUUUUUCCAAGAGGAGGAGCGAAGCACUGUGAACAGUAGAGGUGUCAAAGUGAGGCCUGCCAGACCUGCAGUGAAACCAGCCAAUAAACAGCUGAGAACUUCUGUGGGAGAUAAGUUCUGCAGCUCCCUCUCUUUACUGAUGGAAACACUGAAUGCUACCACCCCUCACUAUGUGCGCUGCAUUAAGCCCAACGAUGAAAAGCUCCCAUUUGAAUAUGACUCCAGGAGGGUGGUGCAGCAGCUGCGAGCCUGUGGAGUCCUUGAAACGAUUCGUAUCAGUGCACAGAGCUAUCCGUCCAGGUGGACAUACAUUGAGUUUUACAGCCGAUACAGUAUCCUAAUGUCACAUCAGGAGUGGGACCUCAAGGACAAGAAGCAGACCUGCAAGGACGUGCUGCAGAGGCUGAUUCAGGACCCCAACCAGUACAAGUUUGGUCGGACAAAGAUCUUCUUCCGAGCUGGUCAGGUAGCUUAUCUCGAGAAGCUGCGCCUGGACCGACUGAGAGGAGCCUGCGUGACCAUCCAGAAACACGUCCGCGGGUGGAGCCAGAGGAGGAAGUACCUGCGCAUUAGAGAGGCAGCCAUCAUCCUCCAAGAGUACAUCCGUGGAAAGAGGACAAUCCGUAAAACAGUGAGUGCUGCAGCACUGAAGAUGGGCUGGGGAACAAUGGUGAUCCAGAGACACUGGAGAGGUUACCGCAUGAGACAGAUCUACCAGGUUGUCCGUCUGGCCUCCAUCACCAUCCAGGCCUUCACACGAGGUUGGAUGGCCCGUGAACAGUACAAGAAGAUGAUAGAGGAGCAGAAAGCUGUGGUUUUACAGAAGUAUGCUAGAGCAUGGCUGGCACGGCGGCGUUUUCAAACCAUGCGUAGGCUGGUGCUUAACGUUCAGCUCUCCUACAGGGUGCAGCAGCUCAGAAAGAAGAUAGAAGAGCAGAACAGAGAGAACCACGGCUUGAUGGAAAGACUGACAAGCUUGGCCAACUCCAAUUCUCAAACCAUGGACAGGCUUCAGAGUCUGGAGGCACAGCUGGAAAAAUCAACCAACCAGAAGGCGUCUUUGGAGGCAAGAGAGAAGAAAGCGAAUGAAGAUGCUAGUCUGACAAUUGCGCAGCUUCAAAAGGAAACAGAUGCACUAAACCUUGAAAAGCAGAACUUGGAGAAAAAGUUUGAAGCUUCCACCAAAGAGGCCAAAGAGAGCUUUGAUCAAAUAAAGAGGAAUCUUCUGGAAGAGAAAGAAUAUGAAGCAAGACUUAGGAAAAUUGCAGAGAACAACAUUGAGAUCCAGAGACAGGACCAUGAGAAGGAGGUGGAAACUCUGAAAGAGGAGAUAAAGAGAUUAAAAGAAGAGAGAGUCAGUCUGCAGAGAAAGAUAGAGGAGGGGGGCCAGGUGAACUCUGACCUGCAGGAACAGGUCAUCCAGCUCACCAAACAUGUUAAAGCCAUUCCCGAGCUACGCAGAGAUCUCAACAACCUGCAAAAUCAGAGAAAUGACAUGGACCGAAGGAUGAAGCAACAGUCGGAACAAGCAAAAGCUAAGAUGAAUGAUAUUACGAGACAACUUCUUGGUGGUGUUGUUGAAGAGGAGGUUAUUUUGGGGCUCACUACCGACCACUCUGAGAAGAUUUAUGAAGUUGAAGAUUUGCUGGAAGCCUUUGAUGGCCUACAGAAAGCUACCAGAAUACUGGAAAACCACCAGAGGGAGCAGAAGGAAAACUAUGAGACACAAGUGGAGGGCUUGAAAUUGAAAAUGGACCACCUUCAAAAUGAGAACAGCAAGUUGCAAAACCUGUUCCAGGAGAAAAGUAAUGUCAAUGAGAAUAUUCGUCAAGAAGUGUCCAGGCUCAGCAGUGAAAACUCAGUUAUACCGGAGCUGAAACUGCAGAUUUCAGAGCUGCAAAGACAAAAGCAAGAAUUGGAGGCUCAUGCAGAGGAGCAGAACAGAGAACUAGCAGACAAAACUGAGGAAAUCACUAAUGUUCUUCAAAGGAAAAUCAAAGAAGAGAGCUCACAACGCAGGCACUUUGAGGAGAAAGCCGAAGAACUGGAGGAGUUGAAGAGGGAGCUCCAAGACCGAGUAGAGGAGCUGGAAGAGGAGAAUGAUCACUUGAAGAGACAGCGGUUGAUGGAGAGCGAGGCCAAGAGCAAACAGAGACAGGAGACUUCACGGUUAACUGCUGAGAAUAUGGACUUAGAAGAGCAGCUCGACCAGAAAGACAGAUUAAUAAAGAAACUCCAGAAUCAAAUAAAGAGCCUUGAAACAUCACAGAAAGCGAAGCAAACGUCUGUGUCUGCUGUUCCCAAAGAUUACCUUGGCAUGUUGGAGUACAAGAGAGAGGAUGAAUCCAGGCUCAUUCAAAACAUCAUUCUGGAUCUGAAGCCCAAAGGUGUGGUGGUCAAUAUGAUCCCCGGUUUGCCAGCUCACAUCCUCUUCAUGUGCGUCCGCCAUGCCGACUACCUCAAUGAUGAAGUCAAACUCAAGUCUCUUAUGAAUGCGACCAUUGGUGCUGUCAAAAAGGUCAUCAUGAGUCACCACAAAGACUUUGAGUUGCUGUCAUUCUGGCUGUCAAACACGUAUCAGCUGCUCAACUGUCUGAAGCAGUACAGCGGGGAGGAGGAGUUCAUGAAGCAAAAUACUCCUCGCCAGAAAAAGAACUGCUUGAAGAAUUUUGAUUUGUCAGAACACAGACAGAUUCUCAGCGAUGUGGCCAUCCACAUCUACCAUCAGUUUAUCACAGUCAUGGAAAAGGCCGUCGCUCCUGCAAUCGUUCCCGGUAUGUUGGAGCACGAAAGUUUACAGGGGAUUUCUAGCAUGAAGCCGACGGGCUUCAGGAAGCGCUCGAACAGCAUCUACGAGGACUCGGAGACGUACACCAUCUCCUCCAUCAUUCAGCAGCUCAGUGUCUUCCACUCCACCAUGAGCCAGCAUGGCAUGGAGCAGGGCCUCAUCAAACAGGCUGUCAAGCAACUGUUCUUCCUAGUUGGUGCGACUACCCUCAACAACAUCAUGCUCCGCAAAGAUAUGUGUUCCUGCAGGAAAGGAAUGCAAAUCAGGUGCAACAUCAGUUACCUGGAGGAAUGGCUGAAGGAGAAGGAACUGCAAAGCUCUAAUGCUAUGGACACUUUGAGGCCGUUGUCUCAGGCCGCCUGGUUACUGCAAGUCAACAAGUCUACUGAUGACGACGCCAAGGAGAUCGCUGAACAAUGCACUGAGCUCAACCCCGUUCAGAUUGUCAAGAUUUUGAACUCCUACACACCCAUUGAUGAUUUUGAGAAAAGGGUGACGUCGUCAUUUGUCCGCAAAGUUCAGUCAUUGCUACAAGAUCGUGAAGGGUCCACACAGCUGAUGCUGGACUCAGACUAUCGUUUCCAGGUCAUGUUUCCUUUCUGCCCGUCCUCGCAGGCUCUGGAGCUGCUGCAGGUCCCGAGCAGCCUUCAUCUGGGUUUCCUAACCAGGAUCUGACACCACCAGCCUUUGACCUUUCACUCCUCGUGACUGAUUCAUAGUUCAGUGGCCUAUGGCUGUAUCUUAUAUAUAAAUAUGUAAACACCUUUAAUAAACAAUGUACACCAUAUUUAAAAUCAGGGCUGUGGCCAGGAGUUUUGAAAUACAGAGGUUAUGUCCUCCCAACGCACCACCUCCAAAAGGGAAGCCUUGUUUUGAUUUUCAGAUUUUAUUUCUUAAAAUAUUUAUGUUAAUUUUAUUAGAGCUGCAACCAAUAGUCAAUUAACUGAUUAGUCCAUCCACAGAAAAUUCAGCUUCUCAAAUGUGAGGAUUUGCUGCUUUUCUCUGUUUUAUAUUAUUGUAAAAUGAAUUUCACUGGGCUUCGGGCUGCUUAAAAGUAGUCAGAUUUAAAUAUAGUCUGUCUAAAAAUACUGAAAUAUGAGCCAAUUAAAUACCCACCAUGUGUAUUUUAUUUUAACUGUUGAAUGUCAACUUCCACCAAGUUGCUAAAACUCCCAGAAAAAAAGACACUAAGGAUAUGACCUCAGUGAACUCAGUAGCUAUGGCCCUGUUAAAAUGUGAAAGUGAAAGUGGAGUCAAUAAAACUCAACAGUAUUUUGAAUCAUUCACAUUCAAAACAGAGGAUUAUAUACAAUUUUAAUAUAUUUCUUGUAACCACUAUUUAAUAUGAAACUAUGUUUUCUUCAUAAUUGAUUCUAUUUAAAUAAAUCUGUUAAACUGC